CCGUACCGUAGAGAGAGAUCCAGGGAGGAGAGAGGGAGCCAGUGAACAAACGAGCAGAGUCUGAGCGAGUAAGCACGGGAGCCAGCAAGCAUGAUGCACGAAGUGUGAACGACACAGUGGAGAGCAGGGAGAAAAAGAGAGGCACUCAGCAGUGAACACGGACGAGAAAGAGAGGAGAAACAAGGAGACUCAGUAAGACCGAGGGAAGAGCAGCUGAGGGGAGGAAGCUACACUGUCAACUCCAUACACUCUUUGUAUCCCAACUGUUAAUUCUGCCUCGGCGUCAGCAUUUAGCAACAGGAAGACAUCUGUAUACUCGUCGGUAACAAUGAUUUUCUGGCUGCUGCUACUGCUUCUUCUCUACUGCUUUGCCAGCACGGGGAGCUCUGCUGUGUUCACCCAACAACCGACAGAUUUGGUGGUGGUGGCAGGCCAGCCAGUCACCCUGCCCUGCUCCAUCCCCGGCUACCAUGGCAUGGUGCUCUGGCUGCGUGAUGGCAUGGCCCUGGGUGUUAACAGGGAUCUGUCAGGUUACCCACGAUAUGACAUUGUUGGAGACCACAGUAAAGGAGAAUAUCACCUCUUGAUUCAGAGAACAGAGAUUCAAGAUGACGCUUUCUUUGAGUGCCAGGCCAUCCAAGCGGCUAUCAGAUCACGACCUGCCCGCCUCACUGUGCUGGUUCCUCCUGAUGACCCGGUGAUAGUGGGGGCCCCGGUGGUGACUUUGCGGGCUGGUGACCACCUCAACCUCACAUGUCAUGCAGACAACGCCAAACCUGCUGUGUCCAUCAUCUGGAUCCGCAACGGUCUAGUCCUGAGUGGAGCUAUGUACUCAAAGAGCUUGUUGAGGGAUGGUAAGAGGGAGAGCACAGUCAGCACACUCUACCUGUCUCCCUCCAACAUUGAGUCAGGUCAGCAGAUCACCUGUCGAGCUUCAAACAAAGCAGCCCCCAACGGCAAAGAUGCUACUGUCACAAUCAACAUUCAGCACCUGCCAAUCGUCAACCUGAGCGUGGAGCCACAGCCUGUUCUGGAGGGGACUCUGGUCAGAUUUCACUGUGCCGCCAAAGCCAACCCACCUGUUAUCUACUACAGAUGGGCCAAAGGAGGAACCGUGAUUCCAGACGUGCCAGGUGACACCUAUGAGGUUCUUGUGGACCACUCUUUCUUCACUGAGCAGGUUUCCUGUGAGGUCACCAAUGCACUGGGCAACACCAACAUCAGCAGGAACGUGGAUGUCUACUUUGGGCCAAGGAUGGCAGCAGAGCCUCAGUCUCUGCAGGUGGACCUGGGAUCUGAUGCUGUUUUCAACUGUGCUUGGACAGGAAACCCCUCUCUAACCAUUGUUUGGAUGAAACGGGGUUCAGGAGUGGUGCUUAGCAACAAGAACACUCUGACACUGAAAGCAGUAAAGCCGGAGGAUGCUGGGAAGUAUGUGUGUCGGGCCGUAGUCCCCAGAGUGGGUGCUGGGGAGAAGGAAAUGUCGCUCACUGUGAAUGGUCCUCCCACUAUCUCCAGCACCCAGACCCAGCAGGUGCUCUACGGAGAAAAGGGUGAGAUCAAGUGCUUCAUCCGCAGCACCCCUCCUCCCGACCGCAUCGCCUGGUCCUGGAAGGAGACAGUUUUAGAGUCUGGCACGUCUGGACGCUACACUGUAGAGACAGUCAGUACAGAGGAGGGGGUGAUCUCCACACUGACCAUUAGUAACGUUGUCCCCGCUGAUUUCCAAACUAUCUACAACUGCACGGCAUGGAACAGCUUUGGCUCUGACACUGAGAUCAUACGACUCAAAGAACAAGAUACUCUGCGACUGGCUGUCAUCAUCGGUGUGGCAGUGGGAGCCUUCCUCGCCCUCUCCAUCCUCCUGGGGACCUUAGGCGCUUUCUGCUGCACCAGAUUCCAGAGAAAGGAUGUCCAUCUGGUCAUGUCUUCUCUUCCCGUGUCCCUUUCACGCCAGAGAGAUGUGAAAACAGAGAACCUCAAGGGAGUGGUUUCGGCAAAAAAUGACAUUCGGGUAGAGAUCGUCCACAAGGAUCACAAUGCAGCACAGGACAGCGAGGAACAUGCAAGCAUCAAACAGAUGAUGAUUGGCCGUGGUGAGUUCCAGCAGGAGCCUGUGCUGAAGCAGCUAGAGGUGCUCCAGGAGAAAGAGAAGGAGUUUCAGCACAUCAAGGACCCCACCAACGGCUACUACAGUGUCAACACCUUCAACGAGCACCACGCCACCCCCACCAUGUCCCUGGCCCCCAGCCAGACUCCCGACCACGUUGUUCCAAGCCCACCCACUGGAUCUCUGACCAUGAGGAAGCAGCGAGUGCCCACCGGCAUGUCCUUCACCACCAUCUACAGCACGCUGGGUGCUGGCCCCCACCGCCUGUACGACUACAGCCAGCGCCUGGUCCUGGCGAUGGGCAGCAGCUCCAUGGAGCUGUGCGAGCAGGAGUUUCAGCGGAGCUCCCUCAGCGACUCCAGCUCCGUCCUCGACACACAGUGUGACAGCAGCGUCAGCAGCUACAGCAAGCACGACGCCUACGCGCAGUUUGACAAGGACAGCAAGACCUCGCCCUCCUCCCAGUCCUCCUCUCACAACUCUGAGCUCAGCAGGCCUCUGCACAAACGCAUGCAGACCCACGUCUAACAGCUCUGGGGGGUGUGGGGGUGUUCCAAAGAGCCAUUUUACCUUUACUCAGAUGAAAUGUGUGUUUUCAGUGCUUGAUUGGUAUUCCAACAGAGAGACAUAACAUGAUUGAUGAAAGUGCUGGAAUCAAAGUGCAUCUUCUUAAUCAUGAGCCAACUUCAAAAAAAUCCUGACAAUCAUUUUUCUGCUUUCUCUGCUCAUAAAACAACCAACAGUAGUUUGCUGCUGUCCCCAUCUUUUCUCACUUGGCAGACUGCCUCGACAAAUGCGCCUUGGGGCAGAGUGAUGGUUAGUUACAGAGAGAAUAUUAGACAAAAACUAUCAAGAGAAAAAGUCUGGUUUUUCAUUAAUAAAAAAAAAAAGGGUGUUGUGAGCCCAGCUGUUGUGAGCCCAGCUGUUCCUCUGCCGGCUACAGCACUGAGGGGAUUGAGCAGAUUGGAUUGAAAGCAGAGCGAAUAUGUGAGCAGGGCACUGUUAGAUCUCACUAAUUUUCUGUACAUCAGUUACCACAACACCCUGGCGACGGUUUUAGCUAGCUGCAUUAGAAAUGGGUUUCUCUUUUGGAUAAUGUGCUGUACAUUCUUUUGGCUCUUUAAUGGCUUUUAUUUGUUGGACAUCGUUUCCCUCCUGAAAGGACAUUAUGAUGUUUAAAGUGUAAUGCAAAGGUAUUGAGAUCUGUAUUUUCCCCAUUUAAUGUGUGCUCCUUUCAGCUUCUGUGUAUGCUGUAUCUCUGGGAAGCACUUUAUCGCUGCCAGAGCAGGUUUGUCACUUUCAUAUUUGUCUGAUAUUGUGUUGUUUUCACUAAAGCUCUGUAAACCUGUAAUGUGAUUUGACUACCGAAUGACAUGGGGUGAAGAUAAAGCGUAAUUCUUGCUG